GGGGGCAAGGGCCAAGGUCUUUGUUUCGUUCCCCUCCACACCGACAGCCUCCUGGACAGAGAGCAAGAGCAGCUACUCAUCUCUGUUCGAGCGCAGGUCCAAGAACUAUAGCAAGUUGGGGAUAAAGAUUUGCAAAAGCUCAUGGCAUCAGACUCGUCAGGAUCAAUGUACCAAGAAUCGAAUGAAGAUGACUUAGAUGCAUUUGAUGCGUACCCAACUACUGAAGCGGGUCCAAUAGAUGAUGAAUCCGAGUCUGACGGUUGCGGAAAGGGAAAAAAAGGGGGGAACAUGUGCGAUAAACUCCAGGGGCAGCGUGAAGAGGUUUAAGAAGCUGAAUGAUGUUUUGUCAGAGGAGAAAAAAAGGCUUGUUGAGGAGAUGAAAUUAGGUGGUCUAAUGCAUCUGCCGAAAAUUACCAGGACCAAUAGGCACCAGCAAAUGUGGGUUCUCAGCAAGGUUGAUGAAAAAGCUUCAGCAAUAAUUGUGGAUGGUAGAAGGGACACUCCAUUUGAUGACAAAGACGUUGAGAGGGUUCUAGGUGUGCCCGGAGAGGGAGCAACUAUAAACAAUAAUCCAGCACCCCAUGUAUUAUCUUCAGUUAGGCAAACACUAGGGAUAAGCAGCAGUGAAACAAGGAUCUCAGUGAUUGAGGAAAUCGUGAAGAAGGAAUAUGUAGGGCAAUGACCAAGGCAGAAUCUGAUGCUUUCAAGGUUGCCUAUGUUGUAUGUGCAGUUACAUAUGUUCUCGCGCCACCGUUGAAGCACAACUACUUCCUGACAGAAUACUGGGGAGGUCUGCACACCCCUGAUCUCAUACACAUGUACAACUGGGGUAAGUAUGUCCGGGAGGAAGUGCUUCUAUCAGCUGGGAGGGUCAAGUCAGAGCUCCUUGGGGGCAAAGUUAAAUCAAACAUCUCUGGUUGCACUUUCUUCAUUCAGGUGUUCUAUCUGGACAAUCUUGAUCUUGAGGACGAGAACCUACCACACGACGUCUUCCCAAGAUUCAAGGUCUAUGAUCAGAAAAAGAUUAACAUGGUUAUUGAAAAGGACACAAGCGCAGGAAAGAACGCAGAUAUUGUUAUAUACGGACUACUUCUGCCGAGGCUGGCGCACACAGUGUGCUAUAGCAGGAACAGAGCUUCAAUGUCCUUCAUUGGCAAGAUUGCUGAUAUCGGAGACGGGUCAAGCAGAUAUCAAAGAGCACCGAUGAUCGAGGAGAUUGUUACUAUACUUGUGGAAAAAGUGGGCCAAUAUUCAUCUAGAUGCCGAGCAGCGUUGCAAGCGGCGUCUAAGAAAGGGGCCAAGAUAAACAAAAAGCACGCGGAUGGGUGGGAUGGUGUUGUGAGGGAGACUGACAUUUUCAUUGAAGAAGAGACCUCUAAGAUGCUCGCAGAUAUUGAUGAAAUAUCAGAAACUGUAAGGCAGAACAACAAAAGGCCAAGGGAACAAGACUACCAAGGUGAUGAUGUCUCACCUGAAGAGUCCGGAGAAGAGUCGCCAUUUUCACCACGUUCGGCCAUUUGUCCUGUGAAUACAGAUAAACGGAAUGUAGAUGAUGGUAAUCCUAUCCAUAGGUCAAAUGACAGUCAACGGGGUGGUUCCCCGAAAAGAGCAAGGGUCGAAGAGACAGAGGAGGAUCCUGACCCGGCGAUUAAGAAUCUGGAAGGACUGGUCGCGGCAGCAGACCAAGACAAUGAAGUAACAAAUGACACUGUGGUGCAUGAACAAAUGCCAAUCCAGGCCAAAGCAGCAGAUGGUAGGCAAUGGGUAUAUGGCCCUAAUGCAGCGCUUAACACAGAGGUUCCCUCAUAUGACCUCGGAAUAGACAAUGCUGGGCCAGUCCUAUCACCGGGAAGGGAAUUGUCAGUUGUGGCUAAAACUCAACAACCGUUCCACAUUCAGCAUCACACUGCCCAGGCCGGUCCAAGCAGAUUCAAAAUAGAUUUCACAGGUUUUAGGAGCAAAGACCUGAUGGAUGAUUUCAGUAGAGCGGUGACACCAGAAGUUGCAGGUACGAGCUCCGUGCCAUCAGCUAACACAACACCUGUAUCAACAUAUGGGAAAAAUGAACUCCAAGGCUCAGGGCUUGACAUAAUAUGCACUCCUAUGCACAGGGCGAUAGAGCCGAAUAAGGCGGCGAGAACAACACUUGUUAGCCUGAACAGGGAGAUCGCGGCACAAGAGUUGGACGUACGUGAGGAGAUGGAGGAGGCAGCAAUCAACCUGAACGUUCCACAGACACAAGAUGGCCUCAGUACACAGCCACAACGAAAAAGAACAGUUAAGCCAGGCAAGGCUGCACGGUCCCCUUUUGUUCUGGGGUACGAUCCUCCCCUAAGAGCACCAGCUAAUGUUGAAAAGGUCUUCAAGAUGUUUAUGAAGGAGCCCGCAUCUGCAAGGAAAGACAAUUGGGUUAUAAGCACUCAGCCAAAAUACAUCGAGCUCUCUGCCGAGCGAAUCAGGACGAACCUUUCGGAAGGGGGUGUGAUAGAUAAUGAUUUGAUGACAAUAGCAGUUAGAAGAUAUCAGCAGAUUGACUACACUUUUGCAUUGGAUAAAGAUGAAGGGUGCUGGCGACAUUGGCUCGAGCCAGACUUUGUGAACCAUGUGAGCAGAGGAGACGUGAUUGUGAGGUAUGUGCAGGACAUGUUUAUUGGGGAACAUAUCAAGUAUGACGUGCACAGAUGCACUGAGUUCUUACUCAACGUCAAGUUCAACUUCACAUGGUCGACCUACAUUUGGGAUUUUGUAAAGAGGAGGAUAAUCGUUCUUGACCCAACAAUUAACAACGGAGACGAGUCUGACAAAGUCAUCCAGAGUAGGCACAGAAAGGUUGCAGACAAUCUUCAUGAAGCAUUGCAAAGGUGCAUUCAAGCAUUUUUUCAAGGUUGGGCUCCUGACAUGACGAGAUGGAAUACAGUGUUCCCGAAAGGGAUAAACGUUGGUCUAUGCAGCGGGCCAGACAGCGGGGUAUAUGCACGGCACUAUGGACGGAAUUGGAUGGGAAGCAAAUUCAAGAGGGACCUGAACCCGCAACACGACGGGGUGCUCCAUUCCAGGAUGAACAUACUGGUAGAUGUGCUUGGACUGGAGGGGAACAUUGGACACUUGCCUGAGAGAUACAAGAAGUGCCUUGUUAGGAACAAGGAGGAUGCGUGAUGAUUAUUGCUCUAGCAAACUAUCUGCGCUUGUUUGGUCGAGAAUCGAAGCUGCAGUUUGAACUUUUAUAUGUAUGGGACGUCCUAAUCUGCAAGCUUUAUGCUUUUGGGCAGUCAAGAAAACUGAAUUUAGCGGACUGUAAGAUUUAGUAAAUUAAAGCUUUAACCAUUUGGUGCAA